UUUCCCCACCGCGGGCAAGAGCGGCACUUCCGCCUCAUUUGAAAGUGACGGGCUGAGGCAAGAAAGAGGCGGCUGCUGUGCACGCGGCCGGUCUGGCAGUGGCUGCUGCUUUCCCGGCGGUGGAUGGCUGCCUUCGCUAUGGAGCUGCCGCUGUCUUCCCCUUCUCUGGGUGCUGAGCCAAUGGCAUUAGGAUCCCCUUCUUCACCAAAACCAGGUGCUGGUGCUCAAUUUCUGCCUGGAUUUCUGAUGGGUGAUUUGCCAACUCCAGUGACGCCACAGCCUCGCUCUUUAAGUGGUCCUUCAGUUGGUAUAAUGGAAAUGAGGUCACCAAUGCUUGCUGGUGGAUCUCCUCCACAACCAAUAAUGCCAACACACAAAGAUAAAGGUGGUGCUCCUCCAGUUAGAAGUAUCUAUGAUGAAGUCGCUAGCCCAGGUCUUGGAUCAACACCUUUGACUUCACGAAGGCCUGCUACCUUUUCUGUAAUACAGAGUCCGAAUGUUGGGUCUCUGCCAUUAACUCCUGGAACAGGGGCAAGUGUGUUUAGUCCAGCAAGUCUUGCACAACCUAGAAAAACUACCAUGUCACCAGCUCAGCUAGAUCCAUUCUAUACUCAAGGAGAUGCUUUGACAUCAGAAGAUCAACUUGAUGACACCUGGGUAACAGUGUUUGGAUUUCCACAAGCAUCUGCUUCAUAUAUCCUGCUACAGUUUGCCCAGUAUGGAAACAUACUAAAACAUGUGAUGUCUAAUACAGGAAAUUGGAUGCAUAUUCGAUAUCAGUCAAAAUUACAAGCUCGGAAAGCCCUGAGCAAAGACGGAAGAAUUUUUGGAGAAUCUAUCAUGAUUGGAGUUAAACCUUGUAUUGAUAAAAAUGUGAUGGAAAAUAUAGAUAGAGGCACUGUAUCAUCCCCAACUUCAGUCUUCACACCUCCAAUGAAAUCGUUUGCUACCCAAGCACAGCCUUCAAGCACACAAAGGAUUUCCACCAUGAGACCUCUAGCUACUGCAUACAAAGCAUCAAGUAGUGAUUACCAGGUAAUUUCUGACAGACAGACUCCAAGGAAAGAUGAAAGCAUUGUGUCCAAAGCUCUGGAAUACAUAUUUGGUUGGUAGUCGAGAAAAAAUAGAGUAAGCUUGGUUAGAACAUAUAAAAGACUGCCUGCACUUCUGGUUAGUUAUAUAACCAUUUGUGAUAGUAUCAGUUCUGCCUUCUAAAACUUUGGCACAGUUACUUGCACUUUAAUCCACAGCUGGGUUUAUACUUGACUCAUAUGUUUAAAACGGUUGCAAUCAAUGUUAAACUUAUUUCUAUAGUAAUUGCAUGAUACAACCUAAAAUGGACAGGUAUACAAUAUGUGAGUUUUUUUUCAAUACAUGCUAAUACCCUUCAUAAUUUUCCAGUUGCAUGACUUACUUUCUACUUCAGGAAAUAACGUAUUUCUUACUGCAAGAUAAAUUCAUGGAUAUUAUUAUACAAAACGACCGGGAUAGAUUUUGUCAAUUUUAAAAUUGAAAGCUGUUCUAAAUAUAACCAUUUAAAGGAACUUUGGACAAAUUGCUUCUAAUUUGGAAGGUGUGCUUUUUAAAAACUAAAUAAAAAUUGUGGUGCUAUUAUUUUUUUGAGCUGAUGGUGGCUUUUGUAAACUAUCCAAAUAUACUAUCAAUGUAUACAAAUACCACUGCCAGUAUUGUUAUGUGGCUUUCUGUGCAUUGGGACACGUUUAAUUGCAUAGAUACUUUUAAAUUUAAAUGCUUUUAUAUGAUAACAAAUGCAUGAAGUGCUUUAUCUAGGGCUUAUUUGGAAGCUUAAAUUUAGUUCUGAUAAUUCCCCUUCUAAAUAUUAUGGAACACUGGUCAAUAUUCAGUUUUACAUUUCCCAUCCUGCAGUAGCUUUACUUCCAGUGUUUCUAAAAUAUACACCAGGAAUUAUCUCAUCUUUUUGAAGUAGAUUUUGGAGGGGUAGUAGAAUAUGUUUUGCUGAUGCUGUUCUGUGGGUGAGAAAAUACAGGAUACCUCUCCAAAUUAUCUGAAUGCUAUUAAAUAUGUCCCCAUUUUAUUUGGUAGUUGGUAUAAGAAUUAUUUAUAUUCUUGUUUUUCAAAUACGUAAAAAUAGCAAGACAAACUAAUAUUACAUACAUCCUGCUGAAUGUUGAACUUGCACCACUAUUUAGUAUCAUAAAUAAAAUAUGUAGUGUUAAGUCUCUUUUAUACCUCACCAUUAUACCAUUUGUAGAAUUCUCAAAACUUUAUACCAAUGCACCAUGUGCAAGUCACUAACAUAACUACUUCCUCUUUUGCAAUUUUCAACAAUAUUCUAUUUUCAAUGGAUUAGUCAGACUCUUGGUGUAGAAUAGAUAAAUAUGACGAAUCACAGAACAGAUCCCUUUGGUUAUAUGGCUGUCUUUCUAGCAGAUUUUAAUAUUCUUAUAGUAUUUUUUAAGUACAAACACUGAUUUACUACAUUUAUAUCCACUUUUUUGUCUAGAAAGUUUUUAUCCUUCAUAUUCUUGCAGCAAUAACACUGGGAGAUAGAUUGGACUGAGAAACAAUAUCUGGCCCAAAGUCAUCCCAAGGACUCCGUGGACAUAUUGGAAUUGUACUUGGGUCUCCAUGCUUCCAGUCCACUAUUGUAUCCACUGCACCACAUUGAGUCCUGUUUGAUGCUGCUAAGAUGGAAUUCAAUAGUAAACAUGAGCUUCAGAACUCUAUUCAGUAGAUAGUAGGCGGUUAUUGAAAGAGGAAGCAAAAAGGAUUUAAACAUAAUUUCAGAAAAUAUUUCUUUCCUGGUUUAUACUGUUUAUUUUCAUCACUAAUAUAUACUUCCAUGCUGAUGGGAUCAUGUUCUUUUUUGUACGAUAUAACUAUUUUUUUUAAAAAAACAUUGUAAAUCUCUUGUAAAAAUGAAUUUGUUCUUCAGAGAGACAGACACCAACACACUUCAUGUAUGGACAUUUCUGCCAAAAUAAAACAUGCUAACCAAAAUAAA